AUGAUUCUUCUGGGUUAUGGCCCCAAAUUUGCCUUGCCUUUCGAAAGUAAUCGAGAAGUCCCGUACUUCAAGAUUAUAGCAGACUUGGAAUCAAUUCUCAAACUUGAAACCGACGAAUCGCUACAAGCAGCAAACCGAAACCGUUUCACCAACAUCAUUCAAAACCAUUUAAACAAAAGAAAAAACGGUCUGCUUGAUCCUACAGCUGAUUCUGUCAACAGUUUCCUGAUGAGAGCUUACCACAUUUCCAAAAAGUUCAUCCGUGAUAAUCCCGACAUAUAUAUUGUACCAGCCGAUAAGGGAAAUAAAACCGUAAUAAUGAAGAAAGAAGAAUACGAAGAAAAAAUGAAAACCCUUAUCGAUGACGACGAUACAUAUGAGCGGAUAGAUACGGAUUGGACCAACAGAGUGCAAACAAAAAACAACCAGCUUGUUAAUGCUUUACACGAUCAAAAAAUGAUCGACCAAAAAACCAGGUCUACGCUAAUAACAUAUAACGCAACCUGUCCAAGAAUCUAUGGACUGCCUAAGAUUCACAAACCGGAAAGCUAUGUGUUGGUCUCGUUCGAUGUCGUCAGUUUGUUCACUUGCAUACCGAGAGAUUUGAUCAUGGCAGCGGUAAGAAAUAACUGGAAUUCGAUCGAGAAAAACACAACAAUCAAAAACAUAGAUAUUUUCUCCAAUCUAAUUGACUUUAAUCUCUCUUCCAGUUAUUUUGUUUACCGGGGAACAUAUUUCCGGCAAAAGUCAGGAACAGCUAUGGGCAAUCCUUUAAGUCCUGCUCUUGCCGAUCUGGUAAUGGAAACAUUACUUGAUUAUGUGAUAGAAGCGAUCGAUAUACCGAUUCCAUUUAUCAAAAAAUACGUCGACGAUUUGAUCACCGCUCUACCGGCUGACAAGAUCGAAUACGUGAAGCGCACGUUCAAUACGUAUGACCCACACAUACAGUUUACGUGUGAGGUUGAAAACGAAAACCGAUUGCCGUACUUAGACAUGGUUCUAAUAAGAACUGGUGAGCAGCAAAUCGUCACCGACUGGUACCGCAAGCCAAUCUCCAGCGGACAUUUGCCACAACAAAUUCACGUACCAGUUCAAAUGGUGAAACGGAAGGCGAGGAAAAAGUAUAUCGAUCGCUUCACCACGUAG